AUGGACGCACUGCACUAUAAAGUUGGUCGUCUCAGGUCAUUAUGGCAAGAAUUCCGAAUUACUAAUGACGGUGUGGAUGGUUGUGAUUACGGAGAUCAAUCGGAAUGGGCGAGAGAAUGUGCAAUUCAACUUCAUCAUUAUUGGAAUAUGUUACAUUACACUCCGCAAGAUGAAAUAGACAAAGGAAUGAUUUGUUUAUUCGCUAAUAAGAGUAACCCCAAAGAACUUUAUGAAACGUUACAAGAGACUAUCAAAAAUCGAGAGAAUAACUUAAAUAAUAAGAGUAAUGAUUCCUCGGAAGGAAGUGAUGAUGGUGAUGAAUCAGAUGAUUUAAUUGACCCCCAACUAAAUCGACAAAUUCAAGAAUUUAUGAAUCAAGAAUUUCAUUAUUAUCAAAUGGAUCUACCCACGGGAUUAAGGUUAAAUUCCGAUCAAUUGGAAAUUUUGAGAGAGAAAGUGAAAUUAUUUGAGAAUGAAUAUCAAGUUCGAAAAGGGAAACUUGAAAUGUUAAGUAAAGGGGUCAAAUAUUUAUAUGGGGAAUUGAAAACUCCCAUGGAAGAAAGGAUUCAACUUUUUGAUGAUAAUAUGGAUGAAGAGUAUUUGGAGAAAUUUACUGCACAAUUAGUUGAUCUUUGGGAUAAAUGUCUGGUUCCUCAAUAUGAACUUGAAUCUGCUGAUGAAGUAUAUGAAUUACUUUCACAAGAAGUAUCUCGUCUACAAGAAUUAUACGCCAAAUGUGCCAAGAUUUAUCGAUGGAUGUUGGAAAGAAGAGCCUUAAUCGAGAAAAUGAUCGAAUUUGAAAAGAAGGCAUCCGAUCCACGUCGCCUCUUUCAAAGUUCAUUCCGACUAUUGGAAGAAGAAAAAUGGAGAAAAACUUGUUGGCCCAAUUUAGUUAAGAUCGAAGAUAAAUUAAUUAACGCGUGUGUGGCGUAUGAAGAAACUGAGAGAAAACCUUUUAUGCAUGAAAGAGAAAUCUCAGAACGUAUUGUGAAUCAAAUGUUCUUUGGUUUUGAAAAGGAUUCAAUGAAAACACCAAAAUCAAAAGAUACAACCAAUAAUUCAUUAUCUACCAGGCCUACAAUGAGCCGACCAGUAUCACCUGCUCAUUCAGUUAAUGGUGACUCUCCUACUAUAAAUGUUAAUGGUAGAGAAAGAGAUGGUAGUAAUGGUAAUAGUAAUGGUGGUAGAGGUCGUCCCAUGUCAUUAUAUGUUCCAAAUACACAUCAUUCACCUAAUUCUCGAAGAAAUAGUACGGCAACAAAACUUUCUCCCAUUUCACCAUCUAAUAAUUCAAUAAGUCGACCUGUAUCACCUUCAACAUAUUCUAGAAAAAGUGGAAGUGGUCAUCAAUUAUCACCAAAUCAAAUUCCCAGUAGUAGAUCAACAUCUCGUGCUCCAAGUAGAGCUCCUAGUAGAACACCAAGUAGAACUCCCAGUAGAGCUGUAUCACCUGCACGAAAUGGAAAUCAUUCAGCAACAUCAAGUAACGGUAGUAGUAAUGGUUUGGGAGUGUCACCGGUAUUGUUAUCAACUAAAUUAAAAAAUAGGCGACGUAGUGCAUUUAUCACAAGUCCUAUUGAAGUAACAUCAUCCGCAACAUUUAGAUCAAGUAUUAAAACAAAGUAUGAUUUUACAUCUGGUGUUUUGCAUUUGAUUGGAACAUCGACAGGGUGA